AGCCGAGUUAUGACGUUCUUCCGAUCGCGCCAUAUUCAAGCAAAAUAGAGUCUUUGGGAGAAGUCAUUUCGUGUUACUUAUUGUAGAGAUAUUUAUACGAAACCAAGAAAAUUACCUUUUGCCCGUCUUUUAGUAGUACAUAUAAAUGGGUGAUUGUGCUGAAAAAUAGAGCUAAAGUAUUGUAAUCUAAACAACAUCAUCACUACCAAGCAGCAUUCCCAUUGCUAUGGCUAUGGCAAUGCAAGUGGAACAACAACAAGGCACACAAGAAGAAGACUUUGGUCCUAUUCCAAUACACAAAUUAGAGUCACAUGGUAUCAGUGCAAAUGAUGUGAAAAAAUUGGAGGAUGCUGGAUACCACACGGUAGAAGCAAUAGCAUAUGCACCAAAGAAAGAAUUGAUUGGUAUACGAGGUAUAAGUGAUGCAAAAGCUGACAAAAUAUUGAAUGAAUCUCAAAAAUUAGUUCCAAUGGGUUUCACAACAGCAACACAGUUUCACCAACAAAGGUCUGAAAUAAUUCAAAUCACCACAGGAUCUAAAGAACUGGAUAAACUGUUACAGGGUGUGCCUGGUGGUGCCUCUUCACCUCGGUACUUAAUGUAUGGGUUGUCUGGUCAAGAUGUUUUAGAUAAUGUGGCUUAUGCACGUGCUUAUAAUUCUGACCAUCAGUCACAAUUACUACUUCAGGCAUCAGCUAUGAUGGCAGAAUCAAGAUAUUCUUUGUUAAUUGUGGACAGUGCAACUGCCUUAUACAGAACAGAUUAUAGUGGAAGAGGGGAACUUGCUGCAAGACAGAUGCAUCUUGCAAGGUUCCUUAGGACACUACUCAGAUUGGCUGAUGAGUUUGGUGUGGCAGUGGUUAUUACGAAUCAGGUUGUUGCCCAGGUAGACGGUGCUGCAAUGUUUACUGCUGAUCCCAAGAAACCAAUUGGAGGAAAUAUAAUAGCCCAUGCAUCAACAACACGACUUUACCUACGUAAAGGACGUGGAGAGACUCGUAUAUGCAAGAUUUAUGAUUCACCAUGUCUCCCUGAAGCAGAAGCAAUGUUUGCCAUUCUGGCUGAUGGGGUUGGGGAUGCCAAAGACUGAAUAUUGUUUAUAGCAAACCUUAGUUGAGAUAACCCCGUUGUGUAAUAUACACAAGUCAUAAAAUUCAACCAGUUGUCAAUUGUACUCAAAAUCUAUUCAUUUAUGGUGAUGCAGCACUGCAAGUUCGCAUCAAUAACAUCUCUGCUGUGUUCUUCCUAGGAGAAAGUGUCAUGGCUAAGUUCCACAUGUUAUUUGAUUCAUUUGUCCAGUUAGUUAAUUCUUUUGUUUCUGACAAACUCCAAGCACAGUGGCCAUUAUUCUUGAACUCUUCUGGUUUAAUUAUUCAACACAAAGGCUUGUCAAUGUGAGAUGCACAAGUACAUUUGUAUUUGUUAUGAUGUACGAUACAUGAAGGUGAAUGUUAAAAGCUGUUCAUUUUACUCAUGUGUGGCUUUCCUGUAAUAACUAUUGAAAUAGAACAGCUCUCAAUGCAUGAUAAGUUAUUACAUCAUAUAGAAAUAUUAUGCCACAAGCUUCUUGUGUUUUUGCUUUUAAUAGUAGCACGUGUGUUUACGUACUAGUAAAUGACAGAUGUGCAUCUAUGGUCAGAAAGUAUACAAUAAAUGCAAUUUUUUUUUUACCAUUUACUUCACCAUCCUAUUUUGCCGGUUUUCUUAUUGUUGCACGUUUUCAUUAUUUCUUUUGUAUAUUGUGGUAGACGUUGAAUAAAUAUGUACAUACAGUGAUUUUUUUUCAGUUAUUUACUAAAUACAUGUAUAAUAAAUAUCUAAGAAAAACAAA